GUCGCGUAGCGACCGCAGUAGAGAGGCCGCCCUCGCGAGCGUUUAUAUACUGGAGCGGCGCUGGGCCGCUGUUUCCAGUCAAGUACGCGCUCGCGUUCGUUUUAAUUUUUGCGGCCGUGGCGGUGCAAACACAGAGAAGCAAUCGUGGCUUCUGAGGCGGCGCGCGAGAGUUCUAUUUAGGGUCCUGCUGUUGCGGUUGCCAUGUCGGCAGCAUUUUUGUCCGCCCUGUGCGACAUGGAGCUCAUAUACAAGCACUCGGACGCAACUUUCGACCUGACUUGCCUACUAGACGCCCCACUGUCGCCCUCAGGAACAUUCUCGCAGGCUGUCUUCGGUUCUUCCAAGUUGCGGGAGCGUUCCUUCAGUGAAAGCGCUGGUCCCAGUUUUGUGGCGACGCUCUCUCACAAGUCGGGCACUCAGGUCAACUCGACCCGAUACAAGACUGAGCUGUGUCGGCCAUACGAGGAGAACGGCGUGUGCAAGUACGGCGAAAAGUGUCAGUUUGCCCACGGCUUUCAUGAGCUCCGUAGCCUGUCACGGCACCCAAAGUACAAGACCGAGCCGUGCCGCACCUUUCACACCAUUGGCUUCUGUCCAUAUGGUCCUCGCUGUCACUUCAUUCAUAACGCCGAAGAGCGACGCUCUGUUCCAGGAAUGGUGACCCAGUCGCGAGAUAAAGAGCGACCGAGGCUACAACACAGCGUCAGCUUCUCGGGCUUCCCUAGCCAGUCUGGUCUGCGGAGUCCCACCUCGCACACACCGCCGCCUCUCUAUGAUGGCCUGCUGCUCUCCCCGCUGCUCGCCCAGACUCUCCCCUCGACGGGGUGGGACUCUCCGCCCAGUCCCUCUGGCUCAGGGUGCGGCUCGGGAUCUGUCAGCUCUUCUGGCUCAUUAAGUGGCUCCGAGUCGCCAACUUUUGAGUCCGGUCGUCGGCUGCCAAUCUUCAGCAGGCUGUCAGUCUCGGAUGAUUAAAGGAGGUGGAAAAGCAGGGACUCCCUGCUGUCGGCGUCCAUGGAAUGGAAUGGGGAGGGGAGGGGGUUCAGCCGGGAUGCCUUGGUGUGAGGUGUUGGGGUGCAGGACGCAGCUCGAGACAUUCCAACCAGGAAAGAGAAAAAAAGAAGAAUCCAAUCCGAUAUACCAAGAAUGUGCCUGAGCUUUUUUUUUUUUUUUUUCCAUUUUGCUGAUUGUCGCCACCCCCCUCACCCCCGGUUGUCCUUCGAAGCCGCGGUUUGCAACUUUUCUCGUGUUGAAGCUAAGCACUCAGAACUUAGAGUUUAACUUUGGGAAGAACUGCAGAUUGUCGAGUUUGGUAUACAUUGUGUAUGUUUUUUAAGAUUGUGAGUUGGUCCCUUAGCGGCGCGCACAAUUCGCUGAGGUUGUUAUUUAAGUUAUUUAUUCUAUUUAACUGUGUAGGCUGCCUUAGAAAUUUGUUUUGCCCAUACUCUGUGUAUCGAGUAUAAUGAGAGCAGUACAUAUAAAAUAGAUUCAUUUUUUAUUAUGUAUAAUUAUAUGCAAAAAGAUGUUCAUUUCACCUUAAUAUAUUUAAGAUGCUUAUUUUAUUGUUAAAUGAGUAAAAUCUUAAUUUAAGAGACUAUAUAAUAUUUAUUUAAGAAUUUUUGUUUUCUUGUUUACAUGAGAAGAUUACAUGGUUUUGAUUUUUUUUUUUUUUUUAAAGGGGUCUAGUCUGUUCGCAGAAGUUAAUAUUUUGCUUUCUGGGAUUUAGUGGGAUGAUCUGAUACAGAAAUGGUUUUGUGGCCUGUGCAAGGAGCAACAAAAAAAAAAA